UUAAAAAGAAACAACGUGUUUCUUUAAUUUAUAAGCGAAUACAAUAUUGGAUUAAAUUUAACAUUUUUGCGCCAAUCAGAUAUUUAUAUACUCCAGUUUUCAAGGAGCAAAAAAACUAAGUAGAACUAAGUACUUUUUCUUAUACAACCAGCAAUACAUAAUGUAUUUAUUUUGAUAAAAUUUUUAAGGUUAAAAAUAUAUUUAUAAUUUUUUUUAAAAGGAUUCUGAGAGAGAAUAAGUUUUAUAUUACUUUCUUAAUGCAAUAUCUUUAUUGCUGCUAUGUUUGGAAAAGGGUCCCUGAGUCUCUUGGAAGAGUAUGGAGGAGAUUCGUCUGAUGAAGAGGUGCCAGGGCCUAGGGUAUCGGUGAAAAGAACUUACGAUAGUGAUUCUUCAUAUCCUUCUAAACGUAGGUUACCAGUUCCAUCACAAUUUAGUAAUAAAAAUGAAAAUGAUUAUGUUGAUGAUCCCUUAUUACAUGAGGGAAGAGUUCGGUCAUUUGCACAUGAAAGAGGUAAUUGGCCAAGCUAUAUUUGUAUUCCUUCAAUUAAGAAAAUAGUCCCAGAGUAUAUAGAACUGAAGCAAUGCAAUGAUUUUCAUAUUAGUUUAACUAAAACAGUUAUUUUAAGGUAUAUAUGGAUAACACCAUUUGUUCAAUCUGUGCAAGAAUAUAUAAAAUGUUUCAAUAAGUUUAUGAUUGUAUUUGGUAAUGCUAAAGUUUAUUGUAACGAAGAAAAGACUAGAACUUUUAUAGGGAUAGAAAUUAAAAGUGGAUAUGAUAGUUUAUUAAAAAUAGUUGAGAAUUUGAAUCAUUCUCUUAGUGAAUAUAAGUUACCUCCAUUCUAUGAGGAUCCAUCAUUUCAUAUGAGUAUAGCAUGGUGUUUAGGCGAUCGACAAUCAGAAUUAAAUGAUUGUUUACCUGAGAUUAAUAGCAUUCUAGAGACUUUAAAAGAAAUACACAAUGAUGACAAUUGGUAUAUUUUUGUAGAAUAUUUAUUGGGCAAGAUUGGAAACAAACAAUUUCAGUUUCAUUUGAGGUAAUUUAGGAUCAUAGAAAUACCUACAAAUUUGAAUGGUAUUUUGAAUCUGUGAUAACAACUCUUGUAAAAUUGUAAUAUGAAUAAUUUUGGAAAUAAAAUUACUGUU